AUGCUGCGUUUGCUACUUCUCGCCACUCUAGCUGGCAGCGCUCUUGCUGGCGACUUCACCGUCAAGAUCCUGCCCAGACAGGCAAGCUCUGUAGGCUCGUAUCCCCCGCCGCUUGCCAUCCCUACCGCAGAUCAAACACCAAAAGAAUGGCUAGACGCCCUUGAUGCUGCUAUCGCUGCCGGCAAGAUCCCCAACAUCGCUCCCGCCCUCAAUCAAGGCGGCAGCCCUGUCUAUCAGAACAAUGAGGGCAACGAUCCCAACACUUGCUCAUGGACCGCCACCAAAUGCGUCUCCAAGACCGACAUUGUCAAUGCUCCUCCCAGCCACAUGACCAUCGGCUUUGACGAUGGCCCCACUGAAAACAGCGGCGACCUGUACGAUUUUCUCAGCCAGCACAACCAGUCUGCGACCCACUUCAUGAUCGGAUCCAACGUGCUGAUCAACUCCCAACAGUUUGACCAGGCGGUCAAGCAGGGAAAUCAGCACUUCGCUGUUCACACAUGGUCGCAUCAGCUCUGUUCCACGCUGACCAACCAGCAGCUCGUUGCUGAGCUGGGAUGGACCAUGCAGAUCAUUGCCGAUAAGAGCGGCGGUUAUAUCCCCAGAUUCUGGAGACCUCCUCAGGGCGAUGUGGACAAUCGUGUGCGUGCCAUCGCCGAAGAGAUCUUUGGCCUCACCAAUGUGCUCUGGAAUCAUGAUACUAAUGACUGGUGUCUCAACGACCAGGGAGGAUCUGCUUGCCCCGGUGAGGUCCCGGGACAGGACUACGCUUCUGUCGCCGCCGCCGCCGCCGCUGGUAUUCAUGGUCCAAAGGAAAAUGGUUUGAUCAUGUUGGAGCACGAAUUGACCCACGCCUCGAUCAGCGUUUUCAAGAACUAUUAUCCGAGUCUCGGUGGUCUUGGCUGGAUUGUAGACAACGUAGCUGAUGUGUUCGAAAUGCCUUGGUACAAGAAUGCCUGGGAUGAUUCAACUCCUCUUCAGAACGGAACUGUUUUGCAGACAUUCCAAUUAGGCGCAAACCCGAACGACGAAAACAGUAGCUCAAGCUCAGCAGCCCCUUCGAGUACAAGUGCUACUACCACUUCUUCUACCGACACGUCCACGGCUACGUCCACGCCCACCCACAGCGGAUCGAGGUCGGAUGCGUCGUCUCGAACGUCGCCCACAGCCGCGGUCAAACAGGGCAUCGCCACCAGCGGCGCGUCCUCUUUUGUUCCUGCUACCUUCGGCCUGGCUUCCUUCGCAGCUGCGGUUGCGUUUGUGGCAACUCUGCUUUGA